CUUGCAUCUCACACAACACAAAAACAUCAACACUCACAAACACACAUAUCCACCAUGAAACAUUCUGUCUUCUUUCUCCUCCUCCUCUCCACCGUCCUCCUCCUCCUCACAGCAACUCCCGGAACCCUAUCUCAGCCAGCCGCCGCUCCGGCUCCACCAGGACCCACAAACGUCACCAAAAUCCUCGAAAAGGCAGGCCAGUUCACUGUUUUCAUUAGACUACUCAAAUCAACCGGCGUUGCUAACCAACUCUACGGCCAGCUCAACAACUCAGACAACGGAAUCACUAUCUUCGCACCCAGCGAUUCCUCCUUCUCCAGUCUCAAAGCCGGAACCCUAAACUCCUUAACCGACGAGCAACAAGUAGAGCUAGUUCAGUUUCAUGUCAUACCAACUUAUGUCUCUUCCUCAAACUUCCAAACGAUCAGUAACCCUCUCCGGACUCAGGCCGGUGACUCCGCCAAAGGACAUUUUCCUCUCAACAUUACAACCAGUGGAAACACCGUAAAUAUCACCUCAGGUGUAACGAACACCACCGUCUCCGGUAACGUCUACAGCGAUGGACAGCUGGCUGUUUAUCAAGUCGAUAAGGUUUUGCUUCCUCAGCAAGUCUUCGACCCUCGUCCUCCUGCCCCGGCUCCGGCUCCGACAGUAUCGAAGUCGAAGAAGAAGAAGGAGGAAGAUGGUGAUAGUUCUGAUGAUGAUCCUCCGGCGGACGCUUCGUUUGCUUUACGUAAAGUUGGUUCUGUUCGUAAUGCCGUGUCGUUUUACGUCACUUGCAUGUUGGUCGCGGGGUUUUAUUUGUGAUGAUCAGUUGGUUUUAUUAUAAAUCAUGAUCUUUCUUCCAUGUGAUGAUUUUAUUGAGUUAUUUCCAUGUUGAUUUUCAUGGAAUUUUGGGAUGAUUAAUCCAAUUCCAUCCGAUGAUAUACUCCACACCCCGAACCUUACAGUAUAGAAGCAUUGAUAAAUUCUUAUUUA